AUGUCACGUCCUCAGAAGCGUAUCAUCAGCACAACCGAUAUCAGAUUCACUCUUCGCCGCGUCUUCGGAAAGGAGGGGUUUCGCCCGUUGCAAGAGGAGGUCGUUAGAGCCGUUAUUGACGACUACGAUGUCUUCCUAUGUGCGGCAACAUCGUUUGGCAAAUCGAUCUGCUAUCAACUUCCUGCGGUCCUCUCACUAGGAGUCACCGUUGUUAUCUCGCCAUUAUUGGCUUUGAUGGAAAACCAGGUACACGCCGGACAAGCACUGGGGGUCAAAGUCGAAUGUAUCAACAGCCGAACUCCCUUCACCGAAAAGGUUAGGGUCGAGACUGAUCUACUCUGUGGCCAUCCGGAGACUAAAAUGCUCUAUGUCACCCCAGAGCUCUGUGCAACCGAGCACUUCCGAAAACUCAUUCUCAAAAUUCACCGUCAAGGUCAGCUGGCGCGGGUUGCCGUUGACGAAGCCCACUGCAUCAGCGAAUGGGGCCACGACUUUCGGCCGACUUAUAAGGAGCUCUCUUGGCUCAAGUCGACCUUGAGCUGUCCCAAUGUCCCAAUUGUUGCAGUGACAGCAACAGCAACAAAACAAGUUCGGGAGGACAUUUUUAGAAUCUUAAAGCUAGAUGGAAGCAAGACAAAGUCCUUUUCUACCUCGACUGCACGGCCAAAUAUUCACUAUGAAGUCCAGUACUUUUCCGAGUCAAGUCCCAUGAAUCACGAGGACGACAUUUUUCCUUAUCUUGUGUCGAGACUUAGAUUCAUGCAUCAGAGGCGAAUAACGAGGCUCAAACAUCUCCGCCAGAAAGACGCAGACGCGUCCAUGAGGCCGAUCACCGGCAUUAUAUACGUCCCAUUACGUGCCACUGCAGACUCGCUCGCCAGCAGGUUGGCCGCGAUCGGCGUCCGAGCAGAGGCCUACCACGCUGGUCUAGAAGCUGAACAAAGAACAAAAGUCCAAACAAGUUUUCUGCGCCUUGCAACCACGACUCCUCCCUUAAUUCUUGACAGCGAUGAGUCGAUAAGAUCUUCCUUCAAUGUCAUCUGCGCAACCACGGCCUUCGGAAUGGGCAUUGACGUCCCCACGACCCGCUUCGUAAUUCACUAUGGUCUCCCGCGAGGAAUGGAGGCAUUCACACAAGAGUCUGGCAGGGCAGGCCGGGACAACAAGGCUGCAUCAAGUAUUGUCCUGUACACACGGGAGGAGAAAGACCGAUGUGAGUUCCGUGCAAGGAAUGAUGCGAACAGGGAAAUGAACAAGACCAAAGCAGUGUCUCGCAUGCAGUCUUUGAAAAGCAUUAUCGACUUUUGCGAGAACACAGAAGUGUGCCGACAUAAAUUAGUGUCCAGGUACUUUGGAGACAAUAGUGGCACCGUAGAAUGCUACUUUGCUUGCGACGUUUGUAAGGAGGGCUCUGAGAACUUGAGGAAGCGCAAGGAUAGAGGACUGGCCACUGAGGAAGAGGCCUUUUGCUUCACGCAAAGAGAGUCCAUCACUAAUUAUGACUACGACUGA